GGGCUGGCAAGGUUUGAUUGCAUAUGGAUGUCAUUCCCUUGUACUAGUAGUUGAUUCCAACACUGCCCAAACUUUACAAGUUUUGGAAAGGCACAAAGCCAGCGUUGUCAAGGUUAAAUGGGCUAAAGAAAACUACCAUCACAACAUUGGCUCUCCAUAUUCUCUGCGUUUAGCCUCUGCUGAUGCCACUGGAAAAAUAAUUGUUUGGGAUGUGGCAACAGGAACAGCUCGCUGUGAAAUACAGGAGCAUACAAAACCAAUCCAAGACAUGCAAUGGUUGUGGAAUCAGGAUGCUUCCCGAGACUUACUCCUAGCAGUUCAUCCACCAAACUAUAUUGUCCUGUGGAAUGCAGACACAGGCACCAAGCUCUGGAAGAAAAGUUAUGCAGAAAACAUUCUUUCCUUUUCAUUCGACCCCUUUGAUCCUUCACAUUUAGCUUUGCUCACCAGUGAGGGCAUAGUGUUCGUCUCAGACUUCUCUCCUUCCAAGGCUCCUGCCAGUUCAGGGAAAAAAGUAUACAUCUCUAGUCCACAUUCUAGUCCUUCUCACAAGCUGGUUGCUGCUACAGGAGCUAAAAAAGCCCUUGAUAAAGUAAAAAUUCUAAUCAGUAAUGAAAAACCAAGUGCUGAGUCCGUAACCCUGAAUGACUGCCUUCAGUUGUCAUACCUCCCUUCGAAAAGAAACUACAUGUUGCUACUCUAUCCCAGAGAAAUUUUGAUUCUUGACCUGGAAGUGAACCAGACAGUGGGUGUGAUAGCAAUUGAAAGAACAGGGAUACCUUUUCUACAGGUAAUUCCCUGCUUUCAACGUGAUGGUUUGUUUUGCCUACAUGAAAAUGGAUGUAUAACUUUAAGAGUUCGCAGACUGAACAGUAUAAUUGGCUCUCCAAAUGAGGAACCAGAUCCAGAUCCGGUUCAGGAGCUGAUCUAUGAUUUACGAAGUCAGUGUGAUGCAAUUAGGGUAACAAAGACAGUUCGCCCAUUCAGCAUGGUUUGUUGCCCAGUGAAUGAAAACUCUGCAGCUCUCAUUGUCAGUGAUGGCAGGGUAAUGAUAUGGGAACUGAAGUCUACCAUUUCUGGCAGAAGCUUACGUGUCAGCAAUUCAAGUGUAUCACCUUUGUAUUCGCCAGCCUCUUUCUGUGGAAUCCCUGUAGGAGCAUUCCAGAACAAACUUCCAGACCUUUCACUAGAUAACAUGAUAGGACAAGGCACAGUGGCUGAAGAACAGUUAAAAAAUUCUUUAUUGCAAGAAGUUCAUCUGAAAUUUCUGCUGACGGGGCUGCUUUCAGGGCUUCCCCUGCCUCAGUUUGCUAUCCGUAUGUGUCCACCUCUUACAACAAAAAACCUAAAGCAGUAUCAAGCACUCCUAGCUGUUGGGACAAGCAAUGGCUCCGUCUUGGUGUAUAAUCUUACCAGUGGACUGCUACACAAGGAGUUAAGCAUUCAUUCCUGCGAAGUCAAAGCCAUUGAAUGGGUCAGCUUGACUGGUUUCCUCUCCUUUGCUACAUCAGCACCCAACAAUUUGGGGUUAGUACGGAAUGAGCUGCAGCUGGUUGAUCUCCCAACAGGCAGGAGCAUUGCAUUCCGUGGGGAACGAGGCAAUGAUGAACCAGCCAUUGAAAUGAUAAAGGUGUCUCAUUUGAAGCAGUACCUAGCUGUAGUAUUUAAAGACAAACCUCUGGAAAUCUGGGAUGUGAGGACAUGUACUCUUCUUAGAGAAAUGCCAAAAAACUUCCCUGUGGUGACUGCUUUGGAAUGGUCACCUUCCCAUAACUUGAAGAGUUUAAGAAAAAAACAGCUUGCAGCCCGUGAAGCGAUGGCCCGACAGACGGUUGCAUCCGAUACAGAACUUAUUAGUGUGGAAUCUUCUGUUAUCAGCUUAUUACAGGAGGCCGAAAGUAAAUCUGAGCUGAGUCAGAACAUUUCUGCCAGAGAGCACUUUGUGUUUACAGAUACCGAUGGGCAGAUUUAUUAUCUCACAGUAGAGGGAAACUCGGUAAAAGACAGUGCAAGAAUUCCUCCUGAUGGAAACAUGGGAAGUAUUACUUGUAUUGCGUGGAAAGGAGAUACCCUGGUUCUCGGAGAUGUUGAUGGAAACUUAAACUUUUGGGAUUUAAAAGCUAGAGUAUCCAGGGGGAUCCCUACCCACCGAGGCUGGGUGAGAAAAAUACGCUUUGCCCCUGGAAAAGGAAACCAAAAACUGAUAUCCUUGUUCAAUGAUGGAGCUGAAGUUUGGGAUGCAAAAGAGGUACAGAUGGUGAGCAGUUUAAGAAGUGGGAGAAAUGUCAACUUCCGAAUACUGGAUGUAGAUUGGUGUACAUCAGAUAAAGUGAUUUUGGCAUCAGAUGAUGGGUGCAUCAGAGUUCUAGAGAUGUCUAUGAAGCCAUCAUGCUUUAAAAUGGAUGAGCAAGAGUUGACAGAACCUGUGUGGUGUCCUUAUCUCCUUGUUCCACGGGCCUCAUUAGCUUUAAAAGCAUUUUUGCUGCACCAGCCAUGGAAUGAUAAAUAUUCUCUAGAUAUUUUUCAUGUUGAUUAUCCAGAGAAUGAAAAUGUUAAGAAACUGAUUCAAGAACAGUUAAAUUCAUUGUCCAAUGACAUCAAGAAACUUUUGCUUGAUCCUGAAUUUACUGUCUUGCAAAGGUGCCUCCUGCUUUCAAGACUCUAUGGUGAUGAAUCUGAACUGCAUUUCUGGACCGUUGCUGCCCAUUAUUUGCAUAAUUUAUACCAGGAAAAAGUGCAAACUGCAAAAACUACAGACACAAUUAUUCUUCCAGAAAAAUUGGUCAAUCCAUUGGAUAUAUGUUAUGAUAUACUGUGUGAAAAUUCCUAUUUUCAGAAAUUUCAGCUUGAAAGAGUAAAUCUACAGGAAGUUAAAAGAUCAACUUAUGAUCAUACUAGGAAAUGUGCUGACCAACUCCUCCUCCUUGGACAGACUGACAGAGCAGUACAACUUCUGUUAGAGACAAGUGCAGAAAAUCCACAUUAUUACUGUGAUUCACUGAAGGCCUGUUUGGUCACAACAGUCACUUCAUCAGGUCCUUCUCAAAGCACUAUUAAACUGGUAGCAACUAAUAUGAUAGCAAAUGGAAAGCUGGCAGAGGGAGUGCAGUUGCUGUGUCUGAUAGAUAAAGCUGCUGACGCCUGUCGCUAUUUGCAAACCUACGGUGAAUGGAAUCGUGCAGCUUGGCUUGCAAAAGUUCGUUUAAACGCAGAGGAGUGUGCUGAUGUCUUGAAGCGCUGGGUGGAUCACCUUUGCUCUCCACAAAUCAACCAAAAAUCAAAGGCCAUCCUUGUCCUCUUGUCACUUGGAUGCUUUACAAGAGUCGCAGAGAUGCUUCACAGCAUGAGGUAUUUUGAUAGAGCUGCUUUAUUUGUUGAAGCUUGUCUGAGGUAUGAUGCAAUAGAAGUUAAUGAAGAUACAAAUAAAUUGAUCCAUGCGAUAUUUGCAGAUUAUGCCAGAAGCUUGAAGACACUGGGUUUUAAACAUGGAUCAAUUCAGUUUGCCUCGAAAGCAGGAGCAGCUGGCAAAGAUCUAUUGAAUGAGCUUGAACAACCUAAACAGGAAGUGACUAAAGGAUGACAACUCUAAGCUAAAUCACAAAAAAAAAAAAAAAAAUUCUCAUCAGACAGGGUGUUUUUGACACUUUCAAGACUGAGAUUACAUUGUAUGAAAAUAACUUCUUUGGGCCAUGACACUAGGGGUCAAAUAUAUGAUGUGUUUCACUUGAGCAGCACUUUCUUUUGCAAUGUAUGGUGGCAUUGUUAUAGAGCUUGUCAUUAAGUAGUUCUUAUUUAUCUCAAAGACAUUUUUUAAAUUAUGUUUGUUUUGGGGAAGAAACACGGGAAGAUUUAGAAAACAAAUUGUAGGACUAAAUGUUGCUGCUUUGACCAUAUAAUUAACAUUCCAAAAUUCACUGGCAGAUUUGAGGGACAACAUUCUUUUUUUUUUGUUUCUUUUUUUCCAAAAGAGGCCUUUUAUAAAAAUGAAGAUUUGUCUUUGCAAUUUGUGCAUAUGAUGCAUUCCGUACUUUAAAAACAGCAAAUAUUUAAGGAAUAAAUUUGGAUGGCAAACAUGCAUUACUUUUCUUGCCUUGAAAACUGUACACUUCCUAAUUCCACAAUUACAUUUUGAUAAGCCUGGAAUAUUGUCAUUCCCAUUGUUGGCUGUGAAUAGUAUCUUUGAAAGCUAUAAUUCUAUGAAGCUCCUAAACAGUUUAUAAAACAUAUCAAAACGUGUUCUUUCUACACUGUGUGUGUGGUUAUGGAUUCUGAGAGAUCCUUACAUUGUGUAUUAUUUUAAAACUGAAUCCCUCUCCAUGCCUUAAAGUCUAAAUCCUGCCCUAUAUGGGUUGUUAUGUGGGAUCAAAAGAACAGAAAAAGAUAUUCUCAUACAAGCAGAAGGAGAGAAUCCCUUCAAAAGCAUUCAAGAAGCUUUUAAAGUACUUGAUAUUGAACCAUUUCUGCAGUUCUCUAGCUGUUGUGACUUAGCUUGUUGUUGACUGGGCUCCCAGCAGUGGUAGGUAACUACAGAAAGCAUUAUGUGCAACAGGGCAUGGUCUAUUAUAUCAGCCUCUGGUUUACUCUGCGGAAGGUUAGCAAGGUUGGCAGGACUCAUGUAACUGAAGAUGCCUAGGUGGAAUUCAUCCACAGCAUGCUAGCUACUUAUCUGACAGUGUUUUUUGCAUUAUUUCUUAUGGCAGAUAUAUCAAUUUUCUUUUAUACCUGCAUUACGAACUUUUGUGUAACAGAAAAUUAUCUGCUGAAAUAUGAUUUGCUUUGAAUGUUAAGUUGCACUUAUAAAAUGAAGGGUAAGUGCACUGCAACUACUGUUGGCUAAAGAACCUGUAGUUUUUUGUAAAAAUAAGUUACUGUAACUAACUAAAAAGUGAUACUAUAAAGAUACUUUAAAGAAACAUAUCACUUAAAUCAUCAGUUGAGUUUCUAAAAGUAAUAGAAUAUAGAGUUUCCAUAUGUCUGCAUAUUUAGUUGCAUCUCUUAACUCCAUAAAAGUUUUUAAGUCAAAGCCAAAUUGGCAUUUCUGAUAACAUUUCAAAAGGUUGGUAUUUUCAGUACAUGGUGGUUUUUAUAUAAAUAGAAAAUGUGAGUUUCAUUUAUAUAAACAGGAAAUUGAAUGUUUUAAGUAUAAUGUAUCUGAUUUCUUCCUGCCACAUGUUCCACAUACCAUAUUGUACAUUCCUUUCCAUGUAUUAUAAACAAAGCUUAUAUAAUUAUGUUAGCUUGGAAAAAUAAAUAUACAAUCCAAAUUGCCUUAGGCAUUAACUUUUAAGCAACCAAGAGAGUUAGGUAAAAUAAAUAUAACUAACUGUGGGUUAAAUUCUGGCACCUUCACUCACAUUGAGUAGUACAUCACUCCUAAAUUGCUUCUAUUGUUUUCAAUAGGACCAUUCAUAGGUUAUAAUACUACUCAGUAUAAGAAACCACUUUGGAAUCUGUCCCUAAACAAAUCCUGGGAGGUUUUCGUCAGAAGGUCUCUGGAAAAAAAAAUCUACGUAUGCUUCACUGUACAGUUGGAAUUUUAGAUCUGGUUUAAUGUGAUUUUAAAAGAAAAGCAGUUAUUGAAAAUGCCUUCCAUUUGCUGAAUGUGUUUCUAUGUGCUUUUCAGUGUGACGGUUGUACUUAUUGCACAAGAAUGUGGUGUUUUUAUUUGUUUUGUUUUUUUUUCUCCUGUUACCGUUGUAUGCAAACUCUGGAUGGUGUAAAAAUCAUUGCAAAAAUUUGUUUGGCUGUUAACAUAGUCACAGUAAUAAAAAUAGACUUUGGAAA